AUGAAAGUUGCACUUGUCACCGCGUCCUCUGCUGGCCUGGGUGCUGCCAUCGCCAAGGUCCUGGCGCCAGAUUUCCGUGUUGUCAUCAACUACCAUAGCAGCCCUGAUCGCGCCGCCAAGGUGAUAGCCGAGUUGGAGGAGAUCGCUAGUAAAACUUCUUCCCAGCAGGAUGGCGAUGGCCCCAGAUUCCUCUCGAUCCAGGCCGAUCUGGCGAAGCGAGCCGACAUUGAGCGCCUGGUGUCCGAAACGGUAGAGAAGAUGGGUCGCCUGGAUGUUCUCGUAUCGAACGGUGGAUGGACGCAGCUCCGAGACUUCUCCAACUUUGACGAUAACGUGAAUGAGGAUGACUGGGAUAGAUGUUUCAACGUCAAUGUGAAGAGCCAUCUCUUCCUUCUCUAUGCAGCCCGGAAGCACCUGGAAGAGGCCAAGGGCUCCUAUGUGUCUGUUGCCAGCACUUCCGGGAUUAAACCCAGUGGAAGCUCUAUUCCUUAUGCCGUCAGCAAAGCGGCCCAGAUACAUCUCAUCCAAUGCCUGACACGCUGCGUGGGCCCCAACAUCAGGGUGAACUCCGUAUCUCCUGGUCUCAUGUUGACGGAAUGGGGCCGUCGCUUCUCGGAAGACAAGAUCAAUCGUACCAAAGAAUUAACCCCUUUAAAAGAACUGGCCGAAGUAGAUGAUGUUGCAGCAGCUGUGAGAAGCCUGGCGACGAACAUGUCCAUCACUGGCCAGAAUCUCGUUGUUGACUCUGGAUUUACUGUGUGA